AUGGCCAGAAUGUUCCUCACAGCUCCCGCAGAGCCCUCUUCUCCUCCCGUUCUUGAGCCCACAAACACCCUGGCGGUGACCUCGCUGCCAAAGUCCUUUUUUGACCCGUUGAUUUUGAACAUGCUGCGCGACCAUUUUGCGUCCUUUGGUGAUAUCAACCAGUGGGUACCCCUCCCGGGUUUUGGACGCGUUAUCAUCGUUUAUGAGUACGAUCACCACGCGGAGUUGGCAAAAGCCAAAAGCGACCCCAUCAUCAUCGAUGGCGGCUUCGACAGCUCUCAGAUUGUGCUGCGCGUGUACCGUGCGGAUCCUAACCCCCUAAUUCCACGAGGCGAACGCUCCUGGAUCCCCACCACGAGCUACUUGAAGCCUCCUGCGAUCGAGAAGAACUUCCUCAUCUCGCCUCCUGGCUCACCCCCUGUGGGGUGGGAACAGAUCAAAGAGGACCCUCCGAACGCCACGCCCCUGGCCGACGACCUUAUUCAGGCUCUCCGCAGGCUGCAGACGUUCGAAGAGCAACCAGCCUUCGAGCAGUUGCUGGACCCCAUGGACGGGUCCGGUGUAGGGGUGUACGUCGAGGACUGCGACGCGCAUCUUACAGUCGAAAUUUCGGAAGACCAGUGGGUGUACGGCGAGACUGCGCCGGCAAGAGAGAAAUGGAGGUCCUUCGCCACCGCCAUGCCUCCACCUAUCUCCUCCAACUAG